GCGACAAGGUCCUCGCUCCGUCCCACCCUGAUUUCGUCCGUGUCAACAGCAUCGCCGCGGAGAUCAUCCGCGCCGCCCGACGCAGCCUCGCCGGCCACGAGGACGAUAAGCUCCUUGACGGAGAAACAUGCGCCGGCGACGCGGCGCUGAGCCCGAAGAAGAAGGCUCCAGUUGGAGCGUCGCAGGCAAUGAUCAAGCAUCUCGACGGGUUCAAGUGGGAGGUGAUCGUGGUCGACAAUAAGCAAGUGAAUGCCAUGUGCGCACCCGGUGGCAAGAUCAUAGUCUACACCGGCCUGCUCGACAAGUUCAACACCGACGCUGAGAUCGCCGCGGUGCUAGGCCACGAGGUUGCGCACGCCAUUGCAAGGCACGCCGCAGAGAAGCUCACCAAGCACAUGUGGAUUUUCAUGCUCACGGUUUUCCUGCUCAUCUUUAUCGAUGCGCCGGACCUUAUUGAUAAGCUGACCGAAUACCUCCUCAGCCUGCCUUUCUCACGAAAGAUGGAGAUAGAGGCGGAUCACAUUGGAAUCAUGCUGCUCGCUUCCGCUGGUUUUGAUCCACGCAUUGCCCCUAAGGUCUACGAGAAGCUCGGAAAGGUCGGUGGGAAUUCAUCACCGUUGAAAGAGUACAUGUCUACUCAUCCUUGCAGCAAGAAAAGAACGCAGCUUCUAUUGGAUGCCAAGGUCAUGGACAAGGCCAUGGCGUUAUAUACAGAAGCAAGAGCCAGAAAAGAUGAAAUUGAUCAAUGAUUAUUCGUCAUCUUUUUAUCAACACACA